AUGCCUUUUGAUGCUUCAAAAGCCCAAGCUACUAAAGGUGCCAGCCUUUUUAAAACUAGAUGUGCACAAUGUCAUACAGUUGAAAAGGGAGGACCCAACAAAGUAGGACCUAAUCUUCAUGGACUUUUUGGUCGUAAAUCUGGCACCGUUUCUGGAUUCCUUUAUACGGAUGCUAAUAAAAAUAAAGGAGUAAUUUGGAAUGAAAAUACAUUAUUUGAUUAUCUUGAAAAUCCAAAAAAGUAA